GCUUCUUCGUAUCCUUCCAGCCCAGAAAUCGUACGACAAUCUAAGCACCCCUAGAUCUUCAUCUGCGUAAAGCUUCACGACAAUGUCUUGGCCUACGGAUUCUGAGUUAACUGCCAUAAAAGAAGCAGUGUCCAAGAUGACCGGAAGAGAUACAGGGGAAGUUCGAGUGGUGGUGGCACCUUAUCGUAUAUGUCCUUUGGGAGCUCACAUUGAUCACCAGGGUGGAGCUGUAUCAGCUAUGACGAUUAAUAAAGGGAUCCUUCUUGGUUUUAUUCCAUCGGGCGAUACUCAGGUCCAGUUGCGUUCUGCACAAUUUGAAGGAGAAGUAUGUUUCAGAGUCGAUGAAAUCCAGCAUCCAAUAGGCGUAGCAAAUAAGAAUGGUGCAUCAAAGGAUAAAAGCAUCUGGGGAACUUAUGCCAGAGGAGCACUUUAUGCGUUACAGACGAGCAAAAAGAAUCUUAAACAGGGCAUUGUUGGUUGCAUCAGUGGCUCGGAUGGACUAGAUAGUUCUGGGCUUAGCUCAUCAGCUGCUGUUGGUGUGGCUUACUUGCUAGCUUUAGAGAAUGCAAACGAAUUGACUGUAUCCCCAACAGAAAAUAUCGAAUAUGACAGACUCAUUGAGAAUGGGUAUCUGGGUCUGCGGAAUGGAAUUUUGGAUCAAUCAGCUAUUUUGCUUUCGAGUUUUGGGUGUCUAACAUACAUGAACUGCAAGACUAUGGACCACAAGCUCGUACGGGCUCCUGAAUUUAAGAAACCGUUCAGGAUAUUAUUAGCAUUCUCAGGCUUGAGGCAGGCAUUGACCACGAACCCAGGAUAUAAUCUGCGAGUUGCUGAGUGUCAAGAGGCCGCUAAAGUCCUUUUGACUGCAUCUGGGAACAGCGAGCUGGAACCAACCUUAUGCAAUGUUGAGCAUGCGGUCUAUGAAGCUCACAUGCAUGAGCUGAAACCGGUUUUAGCUAGAAGAGCAGAGCAUUACUUCUCGGAAAACAUGCGGGUUACUAAAGGAUUAGAAGCCUGGGCUUCAGGCAAUCUCGAAGAAUUUGGAAAGUUAAUUUCAGCGUCCGGCUUGAGUUCUAUUGAGAAUUACGAAUGCGGUGCGGAGCCACUGAUUCAGCUAUACAAGAUUCUUCUGAAGGCUCCUGGUGUAUAUGGUGCUCGGUUCAGUGGUGCAGGCUUCAGGGGAUGUUGUCUGGCCUUUGUAGAUGCAGAAGAAGCUGAGGCAGCUGCUUCAUAUGUGAAGGAUGAAUAUGAAAAGGCCCAACCCGAGUUUGCCAAGAAACUGAAUGGAGGAAAACCUGUUCUCAUCUGUGAAGCAGGUGACUCUGCUCGUGUUCUCUGAUCAAACCCAGAGUUUUGGUUUAUUUGAUAAGUCGCCAAAACCCGGAUUUUCGUCCCUCGAAAAGCUCCCAUGAUUUUGAUUCUUUUGUGUUAAUUCCUUUUUGAUUCUCUCUGAGAAUUCUCUGGUCUCUGGUCAGGGUUUCAUCAUGAUAGGUUUUGCAGGGUUGUAGAAAUGGAGCAUUGAUUUUUACGUUCUAUUGUUACUAAAACUUUGACAAUACAUACAUACAUAAUGUAAAUCAUCCUUCUCUUUUCUAUUUGGUUUCUUGAAGUUUUCGAAUUGAAAGAGAAGGCUAGGC